CGCGCCCGGGGGGCCCGGCCGGCUGCCUCCGAUGCCACUUGUGGAGUUCUCAGAGCAGCUGUAACUUUAAACCAGUGUGAGCUAGGCCUAUUUUUAUUCAGAAACCAGCGACCGCGCGCGCGGACGCUCCCGUGUGUGUGUGUGUGUGUGUGUGUGUGUGUGUGUGUGUGGAGAAGGCGCAGAUGGAGGGCCAGGCGCGCUUGAAGGGAGCUCACACAUGGGCGGGCAGGCACGGCUGCUCCUCCUAGCCUUUCCCGGUGCUUGGCGCCUGGCGUUCCGCCGCCCAGUCUCAGGGAGGCGCAGAUCGGCGGCUGUGGAGACUUUUGGACCAAGGUGUCGCCUGAGCUUGGGGGAGCUGUACCUGAAGUCCACUGCGUGGCUUCUACGCGGUGCUCCCGAGGCCACCUCACUGGAGCCGGGUCUGAGCUGUGGCCUAGGCUUCCCGCCUUGCAGGAAUCUUUGUGAAAACACCUGGUGGUGAAAGACAAGGAGAUGAAUGUGGCAGCCAAGUACCGCAUGGCCUCCCUCUACGUGGGCGACCUCCAUUCCGAUGUCACCGAGGACCUGCUGUUCAAGAAGUUCAGCAGGGUGGGGCCCGUGUUGUCCAUCCGCAUCUGCAGGGACCUGGUGACCCGCCGCUCUCUGGGCUAUGCCUACGUCAACUUCCUGCAGCUGGCCGAUGCCCAGAAGGCCCUGGACACAAUGAACUUCGAUGUGGUGAAAGGCAAGGCCAUCCGACUCAUGUGGUCCCAACGGGACGCCUACUUGAGGAAAUCUGGAAUCGGGAACGUGUUCAUCAAGAAUCUGGACAAGUCCAUAGACAACAAAAGCCUUUAUGAAUGUUUUUCAGCGUUUGGAAAGAUCCUUUCUUCCAAGGUGAUGAGUGAUGACCGGGGCUCCAAGGGUUAUGCGUUCGUGCACUUCCAGAGCCAGAGUGCCGCAGACAGGGCCAUCGAGGAGAUGAACGGGAAGUUCCUCAAGGACUGCAAGGUGUUUGUGGGCAGAUUCAAAAGCCGCAAAGAUCGGGAAGCCGAGCUCAGAAACAAAGCCGGUGAAUUCACCAAUGUCUACAUCAAAAACUUCGGGGACGACAUGGAUGAUGAGAGGCUGCGGGAAGUCUUCAGUGCGUACGGCAGAAUUCUCAGUGUUAAGGUGAUGACCAACUCCUGUGGGAAAUCCAGAGGCUUCGGCUUUGUGAGUUUUGACAGCCACGAGGCCGCCAGACAGGCCGUGGAAGAAAUGAACGGCAAGGAAGUAAACGGGCAGCCCAUUUUUGUAGGUCGGGCACAGAAGAAGGUAGAGCGGCAGGCUGAGUUAAAGCACAUGUUUGAGCAGUUGAAAAAGGAAAGAAUCCGCGGGUGCCAAGGGGCGAAACUCUACAUUAAGAACCUUGAUGAGAACAUUGAUGAUGAAAAACUCCGAAAGGAGUUUUCUUCCUUUGGGUCCAUUAGCAGAGUUAAGGUGAUGCAGGAAGAAGGACAAAGCAAAGGUUUUGGCUUGAUCUGCUUCUCCUCUCCUGAGGACGCCACUAGAGCAAUGACUGUGAUGAAUGGUCGCAUCUUGGGCUCCAAACCUCUCAACAUUGCUUUGGCCCAGGGAUACUAGGAAACAGACACUUAACCCUCAGCAGCCUGAUUUCUGUAGCAGGUUGGGGAAACCUGAAUGAUCUCUGUCUGAAAUGUCCUUUGUUAAUUUUAAAUCCCGCUGGGUGGCUGCUAGUUUAGCAAACUUUAUAACAAAAGGCUUUUUAUACAAAGACUUUUUUUGUGGAAAAAUAAAGUGAUCUUAAAAGAUCGAUUCCCUUUACA